AUGGUUGAAACAAUGGUUGAAACAAUGGUUAAAACAAAUCUCACAAUAAAUUUAACACUAAUAAAUGAGCUUAAAAUCAAGCCUACAAGUCUUAUGGAAUGGAAAAGAAGGCAUUACUUAACAAAUUAUCUAAAUAAAAAUAAGAAGGUGAAAAUAUACUUAAUAUCUGCUAAACAGUAUGGUCGAACGGAUGUGAAGCACCUCAAAUAUAACCACGAUGGAACUUUAAUGAAUUGUGAUAUGCCAUGUAUUUGGAAUAUGACUGAUCUAGACAAUUUAACUCCUGAAGAUCUUAAAACGGCUGAUGGCUUAUUUUGUGUAGAUCGAUUAAAACUCCCUAAUGUAAAAUCUUGGGAUGGUCAAAAGUUUAUACGAUUUACAAAUGAACCACCUAGUAAUUGCCCAUGGUGUUACGAAAUGAUGGAAAGAUUUGAUUUUCUAUCUUCAUACAGUGAAGAUUCGAAUGUACCUACAAGUUACAUUCGAGAAGAUCCCAUAGAUUGGUUAGAAAGGCAACCUUUUAAUAUAGAAAACCUCUCUGAUAAUUCAACUUUCGUUUCUUUCAUUGCUUCCCACUGGACUGAUUUCCGUAAAGAUUGGAUUCCAAAACUUCAAGCUCACAUCCCUGUCGCGUCUUUUGGCAAUGUCUACAAGAAUACUGAUUGGAAUGUUCAUUCGGAAUGUUCUGCUUUAGAGAACAUUACCUCCUACCAUUUCGAAGAUUUUAAAGCAAAGAAUUGUAUUAUUGCAAAAUAUCCUUUUUAUCUAUCUAUUGAGAAUUCUCAAUAUGAUGAUUAUUCUACUGAAAAACUUUGGGAUGCAUUUAAGUUAGGUGUCGUACCCAUUAUAUGGGGUGCUCCUAAUAGUCGUUCUUACAUACCACAUCCUAAAUCGGCUAUUUUUAUUGAAGAUUAUCCAAACGUUGAAGACCUUGCAAAUCAUUUAAAAUACUUGGUUAAAAACAAGACUGCUUAUUUAGAAUAUCAUCAGUGGCGAUUCACAAAGGCAUGGUCUGAAAGAUUUGAGAGGAAGGUCUAG